AUGAGAUUAUUGAUCCUCUUGCUGAUAUUGGCUCUCGCUGCCAUGGUAUUCGCGCAAGACCCCGGUGCUGGUGAUAGUGGCACUGGUGAUGGUGUUGGUGGUGAUACUGGCACCGGUGAUGGUUCAACUGGUGGUGAUGCAGGCACAGGCACUGGUGAUGGUUCAACUGGUAGCGAUGGCUCUACCGGUGGUGGUGAUGAUACCUCAACUGGUGGUGGUGAUACCUCAACUGGUGGUGAUGGCUCAACUGGUGGCGAUGGUUCAACCGGUGGUGAUGGCUCAACAGGCGGCGAUACACAACAACCCUCUGAUGAUGGCACCACUCCCAACCCUACUGAUGAUGGCACAACUUCACCUUCACCAUCUGAUGACGGCACAACAGACCCACAACAACCCACAGAUCAACCAUCCGAUGGUGGUGAACAACAACAACCAUCACCUACCGAUCCAGAAACAGCACCUGACGCCACACCAUCGGGUGACACGGUUGACGAAGCUGCUUGUCAAGCAUUGAAACAAAUUUACAACUCACUCAAUGGCAACUCAUGGACCGUAUCCAAUGGUUGGUCAGGCGAUGAUAUGACAAGCUGCUGCAAUGGAUGGUUUGGUGUAUCAUGCAUCAUGGGCUCUGUAUCAAAAAUCCAAUUACCUUACAACAAUCUCGCUGGUGAACUUCCCGACGUCUUUGGUUCGCUCCAAUCUUUGACUAAUCUUGACUUGAGCCAUAACCAAAUCUCAGGUUCAUUGCCUGGAUCCUUGGCCAACAUGCCCAACUUGCGAUUCAUCAAUGUCGACGUCAAUAAUUUGGGAGGUGGUUUGAUCGCUUUUGGCCAAACACCCAUGUUGCAAAGCAUUCAUAUGAAGAACAACUCAUUCACUGGAUCCAUCCCUGAUUCUUGGGGUAACAUUGGUACUCUUAAUGAUAUCUAUUUGAGCAACAAUCAAUUGAGCGGCCCAUUCCCAAUGUCCAUUUUGAACCUUGGUCAAUUGACUACCUUGGCGAUUGAUAACAACCAAUUCAACGGCAUUGUUCCACCUCAGAUUGGCAACCUUGGAGCCUUGAAGGUUUUAAAUAUUCGCCAGAACCAUUUGUUGGGUAACAUUCCUGCAAGCAUUGGCAAUCUCACUUCGCUCACCAACCUCUUGAUGUCGGAUAUGAUGUUGAACGGCACAAUUCCCGAAUCACUUUAUGGACUUUCUAAUCUCCAAUACCUUGAUUUGACCCAUAAUCGCCUUACAGGAGAGAUUUCGGAUAAGCUUGGUCAAUUGGUGAAUUUGAAAAAGCUCAUGUUGGGUCGUAAUGGAUUGACCGGUCCUAUUCCUGACAGUUUGGGAGCACUUGCACAGCUUGAAUAUGUACAAUUGAACUAUAAUCAGCUCAACGGCCAAUUCCCAUCAUUCAUGGCACCACGUGCACUCGGCUACUGCUACAUGACCCCUAAUCAGUUCCAGCUUUGCCCCGACGACACCAUCGUGCAUAACCCUGAAAGUAUGGCUUUCCAAUGUGCUACCGAUUGCUUUAUCGGCACUACACGUCCUGGUGCUGGUAGCUCUACUCGCGCUAACCUAUUCGUAACCAUCGCCUUGGGUUUGCUUGCACUUUUCUUUUACUGCUAA